AUGGCAAAAGAACGGGAGGCUGAGGCAUUGGAAGCAUCACUCCAUCAACCACCGAACGAAAGGGUUUGUAGAAAAUUUUGCUCUUUUUAGCAUUGUUUCGGUUUAAUUUUUGGUAUAGGGAUAAGCAACGCAAUAUCACAGCGCUUGGUCCACGGUUCAAAUCCUGAAGUCAUUUCAACAAGCAGUGCUCGAAUAAACGUAAGGAAAGUUUGUGAUAUGAAAAAUGGCGAGUUCAGCGACGCAAAUGACAGCUCAGCUCGUAUAUGUACCUCGCAGAGGCAUCCAAGAAAGGUGCUGGAUGCGUUAAAAAGAAUGCCAGAUCCAAAAGUGGUCCUUGAUCUUUCUGUCCGAGGCGAAUAUAAGGGUCUUGUCAAAGAAAAACUGAUCUCUAUUCCCUAUUCUGAUCAUUCUUCGCGCAGUGAAAUCAUCGCUUUUUUGUCGAGGCUUCGAUUUGGUGAGCUUAUUCCAAUAAGUGCUCCUAUGGACUCAUCAACUAUAUUGGAGUUAAUGAAACUUUCACGAGAAGCGUGA